AUGAGAACUAUUGAGGAGACUAGAAAGAGAUGGGAAAUCCUCUUCCUCGGCAAUGAUACAUCCUCCGAUCUCGAGAAGGCAUUGCGGGCGGAACAAGGUGGGAAGCUGUGCAACGAAGGACUGAGGUCGAUAUGCUGGAAGGUGUUUCUGCUCUUCGAAGGGCUCGAUCGUGAGCAAUGGGCACAGAAGCUCGCCGAGUCACGAGAUGCAUACAGUGCCCUCCGUGACCACUUCAUGAAGUAUAUCGAACACCCAGAUGAUUUGGAAUCAACGGCCGAUCCCCUUGCGGAUGACGAGGAGUCGCCGUGGCAAUCCUUGCGAGAUGACGAAAAUUUACGGGUUGAGAUCUUGCAGGAUGUUGAUCGCUGCUUACAAGAAAACGUCUUUUUUCAAGAACCUACGACCAAGGCUAAAUUGACCGACGUCUUGUUUGUGUACUCCAAACUCAACCCUGAUGUCGGCUACAGACAGGGAAUGCAUGAGCUUCUGGCCCCCAUUCUCUGGGUUGUAGAUCGAGACUCUGUUGACAAGCAUUCGAUUGGUCUCGAAAAUUCCACGGGUAGCAAGGAUGAUGCUCGAAUGCUCGAUCUACUCGACCCCGAGUUUGUGGAACAUGAUUCAUUUACAUUGUUCCUUUCUGUUAUGCAGACGGCGCGCAUAUUUUACGAACACGGGGAGACCAAGACUGCGAAUGGUCAAGUAGACGUGAUUCCCAUCGUCAGUCGAUGCCAGUAUCUUCACACCGAGGCAUUGAUGAUCAUCGAUCAGGAAUUGGCAGAGCAUCUUCACGCAGUGGAUGUUCUUCCACAAAUAUUCCUGACUCGGUGGAUGCGGCUGUUAUUCGGACGGGAAUUCCCAUUCGAUGAAGUCCUCUCAAUGUGGGACAUGCUGUUUGCUCAUGGGUUACGCUCCGAUCUCAUUGAUUUUACAUGCAUUGCGAUGCUUCUUCGGAUUCGCUGGGACUUGCUCAAGGCAGACUAUUCGGGCGCGCUCUCAAUGCUACUCCGCUAUCCUUCACCUGAACCGCAUGCGCCCCAUGAAUUUGUGCAGGAUGCCCUUUACCUCGAACAGAACCCCACAGCUGAGAGGGGUAGUUCUCUCAUCGCAAAAUACUCAGGCAAGUCCCCAGAAUCUCCAAAGCGAUAUAGCCAGUCUGGGUUACGACCUACGAGGAGAGCGUUUCUAUGGGAAGACUUCAAGAGUCGCAGUGAUAGCAGUUCGCCUGGUUCGUCUCCCGCUAGAAACAGCCCAAAGAGCCUUGAAGCUCUAUUCCAGGACGUAUCACAGGGAAUUCAACGUCGCACAGAAUCCUGGGGUGUGGCCAAAGCUGUUCGAGGGGCUGUGACUGAAGCGAGGAAGAACAUGCAGACGAUGCAUUAUGAACCAGGACGGCUCCCUACAGUAAAAGCCAAACCUGGACGCUUAACAAGUGUACCGAGUCCUUUGCCCAAGCCGUCCCCUGUUGAGCUUGGGUUGGAAAAGAGGAUCACCCAUUUGGAAGCACGAAACCAAGAGCUUUCAGCUGCCUUGGCCGAAGCGUUAGCAGAGCUUCGAACACAUUUUUCCCAGCCCGAUUCGGGCGCAAAUGAUGUGGUCAAGGAGGCAUUGAACCGGGCGGAAUCGGUGCAGCGUUGCCUCGAAGAUCCCUUGCUUCCAGUAAUAUCGGCAUCAGUGCCAGCGCCGUGUUCCACCAAAGUAGAUAACACGACACCUGAGCCACUGCCAGAUUUAAAAGCGGACGAACACGUCGAUGUGGCGCAAGAAGAUCAGCAAGGAACAGCCCUCGAUGCGGAUGCCGGGCCGAGGCCUGUCAGCGUUGCUACCACAGGCAAGACAAACGCCAGGCAGGCCGACGGUGAAGGGGCAGGGAAGUCCAUUGUGCGGCCAUCCCUGACCGAAUCCGGGUUCUCGUGGAUGCUGGAGGGGAGCCGAAAUGUCUCUAGCUUUGUGAGUUCUGCUUCAGUACCACCGGAGCAGACUCGACGGCAGCAGGACCAUCAUGGACGGAAUAAAGGCAAUCCACUGUUUGGGAAUGGGGAUGAGCAAGCUCAGUCCAAUGCCGAACACGAAUUAGCGCUACACAGUCUCCGAGGUACUGGACCACUGUAA